GAAUUGUGUUUCUUCGUGAUGGUAAUUUAGAAGGAGCCUGUUCUAAUAUACAUAGCAAGAUAUUGUCCAAUAAAGUCAAAACUUUCAGUUUUAAAUUAACGUGGGAUAUUCUUUUUAUUAAAGUGAAACCUAGAAUUAAACAUAUUUCUGGGAAUGACUUACGGUAUGUGUAUUUUGUUCACAAGAACCUGAUUUAUUUUGGAAAUGCCUUUUUUCACAAAAUGUUUAUGAUUAUGUUUUUUUUAUUGCUUUGAAAAUCAAUCAUUGUGAGUUGAGAAACAACUAUAUCCUGAUAUCACUUGUAUACUAUUGUACUAUUAGAUUUAAAUCAUCAAUGUUAUUCACAUUUGUCCAGCCUUGAACGCAAUGCUAUAAUAUUACUAUUUUGCACUGCUAAACACAAAAUAUGGUUAGAAAGGAAUGCUGUAAUUUUUCAGAAUGCUAACCCAAAUGCAGAAAUGUGAACAAUGUAAUCAUGAAAAUUAAGAGGUCACUCAUAGCACUGUAGCAAAAAGAAAUAUAGAAAAGUUCAGGCAACAUCCUAGUUUUACAAGAGAACUCGGUAUAAUUUAUAAUACCUUAUGAAUUUUUAACACUGUGAUAGUAUUGAAACUAAUAGAUAUGUAAAUUUUUUCUUGAUAAUUAAUGUUAAUAAAAAAAUAAUGCACUGUCAAUCAUUGUGGGAACUACAUGGAUACAUAAAUUGGAUAUAAUGGACAAUACAAUCAGUGGACUGUAAUGAAAUAAUUCUGCUGGCUACUGUUAAUGUAUUUUUUCUGUUAAUUUUGGAUGGUUAGUUAUUGUUGUUUAUUUUUUAUUUUAUAUAUUCUUUGAUUAUUGAAUAAUAUCCACAUUGUGAAACCAUAAAAAAAAAAAAAAAAAAAUCAUUCAGACAUUAAUGCUGUAAUGUAGUAGUCUAUGGCAUUGCUGUAACUGUCAAUCAUAUCCCAGGCUGCCAGGAAUAUCAUUACUUUGGAAAGGUUCGUCAUCAGAUUGCUGGAUUACGUAUUUGAUACAUUACAGUAUUUCAACUGCUUACUGGCUUAUCACUGAAAUAAUGAUAUGGAUGAAGGCAAACUUUCUCGCAACUACUCUGAGAAAUUAUCACUCUUUGUUGAUGUGAAGAGAUGUGCGGAGAGAAUCUUGAGCUACCCCUCGCCUUCACUAUGCAGUAUAUAUGGAGGAAUUAAUACUUUUGUGAAAUUUUUGGAAAAGGUGUUUCAACAUUGUUUACGGAAAACGAAAAGCGAAGAUGAGAAAACUUACAUGGCCUUUUUGUCUUGUUUGUCAUGGCUUAAGCCAGUUUUAGCUUCAGAUCUCAAAGCUAUCUUGAAGAUUUAUCAGACCAAGCUUUCUAAAGAAAUUGUGUAUGACAAUUGUCAAAAUUUGGGUGUAAAAUUUCUUACAAGAUGUCUGCUAACAGGAAUUUUAAGUGAUUGUAUGGUGCUGCUACUCAAAGAUGGGAAUCUUGUUAAUCAGUACUAUGACUCUGGUGCAUUUUUUAAUGAUACUCUAUGCCGAAAUGGAUUAUUAUCCUGUGUGAAAGCUGUUGAAGAUAGAUCUUCUAAAAUUUUAGCAGAUAUUUCCCUAGAUUUAAUAGACUCGGGUGUGAUGCAAUAUUGUAUUGCUAAAUUUGAUAGAAUACACAAAUUGGAUCACACAGAAGUUAAGCAAACAGCUUCUGCUAGUAUCGUCCAAAAUACGAAGGAUUUUUUAGAUCCAUUACAUCAUGAAAACAAAGUAUCAAAUUCAAGUCAGUCAAGUGCUUAUGCAGAGGAAACUGAUCAUGUAGAUGGUAAAUCAUCAUUUGAAGCUGAUAAUAAAGUUAGGCAAAAAAAGGAUUUACCUGAUGUUGUAGCCUGUGCUGAAAGGUCUGAAAACAAGAAAAAGAAUGCAAAAAUUAACGAUUAUGAUAGAACAGAAUUUGUAAAAAUACCCGAAUUUGGAAAAUAUGCAAGAAACCAGGGAGUUUUAAAAGUACCCUCAACAAAGUCGAAAACAACAUCAGAUCCACAAUGUCCAUCUUCAUCAAAUCAGUCCAAACACAAGCGGUCUGCGUCUGAAAUAACAUUGAAUGAGGCAAAGAAAAUUGACCAGCCUAUAAAUGCAGAUGUCUGGUCUGUACCACCUGAUGCAACUUCGUUGAUGCAUUAUAUACACAGUGAAGACCUUUCUACAUGUGAAGACUUGAAAAAGGAAAAUGCACAUUUUCAUCUUUCGGAAAUGUUAAUGACUGUUAUGGAAGAGCAAAAAUGUAGUUCUGGAGAAGGCUUUCGCAGUUUGCGAAAAAGCAUGAGCAUGCAGAUACCAAAGAGCAGACAAUCAAGGCUAUGUGAUAAACUUAAGAACUCAUUAGACCCGGUUGCCUCCAUUGGACAUUCUUCUCCUGUAGUUUCCCCAGAGUUUUCCGAAACUUAUGCUGUGAGUGAAACUGAUGAAUGUGUUCUUAUUGCUGAUAAGCCUGCAAAUAUGGAAAUAAAAGAUGGUUUACCGUCAUCUGAGCUGGGCAGUAGCUUGGAAAGCCAGUUAUUUUCACCCACUGAAAAUAGUUCGGCGGAAUCCAUUGCAAUAGGUUUAUUGCAAGCUUUCACAGCAGAUUCCAACAACUCAGAUGACAUGCAAUGGCUUGUCUCUGAAUCUGAUGUUCCCCAGAAACUUCUACCCCUUCCUGAUUCCACAAUGAUCGAUCCAGAAAUCAAAGAAGGAUCAAAACGACCACAAGAAAUUAGUUUGAUGCCAAAAAAUCGAAUACGUGGCAGUGAAAAAUGGGCUCCACCUAGAUUUCAACUUAUUUUCAAUGUGCAUAGGAAUAGGGACAGAUCACAAGGUAUAGCAAAUCAGAAAUACAUGUGUGCAGGAUGUGGAACAAAUGUUGAAAAAGCUUUCAUAAGAAGAUUCCGAUAUUGCGAAUAUACUGGUAAAUAUUUUUGUUCUUGUUGCCAUGAUGAUACGCUUCAUGUCAUUCCAGCUCAUGUUUUCAACAAUUUCAACUUCAAGAAAUAUAAGGUUUCAAAUUUUGCUGAUGACCUUCUGCGAAAAAUUCAUUGUGAACCGCUUUUUAAUAUAAAUGACUUGAAUCAAACGCUCCACUCAAAAUCCAAAGCCCUGCGACAUUGUCUUAAUUUGCGAAACCAGAUCGCACAUCUGGUAAAAUAUCUCGAUACAUGUCGUUAUUUUUAUGGAUGUGCGGCACGCGUUAAUCUGAAGUCUACAGAGGAGCACCAUUCUUCUGAAUUGGAAGCAUCUAUCUGUAAGAUGAUGAAAGAAAUUCCCCCACACAUUCUGAACGGGGAUUCGCACAUCUAUUCUAUGAAAGAUCUCAUAGCAGUUAAAAGUGGUGAAUUGGAAAGGACAUUAAAGUUUUUCACCAAUGCAUGCUCAUUGCAUGUCAUUUCAUGUGAUUGCUGUAGUGCAAAAGGAUUUGUUUGUGAAAUAUGUGGGAACGCAGAAAAUAUUAUAUUCCCUCACCAAACAAAACACAGCAUUCAGUGUGACACUUGCAUGUCUUGCUUUCAUAAAAAAUGCUUUUCAAUUGCCAAGGGAUGUCCGAAAUGUUUGCGACGAGCCAAAUGGAGAAAAUUGCAAGACACUGAAUUAACCCAAGCAUCAAGCUCUUCAGAAUAAAUUUUAUCGCAUUUUAAUGAGGCAAAUGCUAUAUUUACUAUUGAUCCAUCCCAGGACUUUAAUGGCAAAUAUCAGAUUUCAUUGUGUACAAAUAAUUCUUUAUUAUCAGUUUUUCAACAACUAAGAUGUCAAAACAGUGCAAUAGACUUAUUAUUAUUAUUAUCAUCAUUAUUAUAUUAGUGCAAUUCAAGGCAUUUUGCCAACAAAACUGUUUUCUGUACUGUUGCUAUUACAUAUAUAACAUAUAAUUACACCAUACGUACACAUGCUAAUUUGCCAAGUAUGCGCAGAUCAAGAAAGAUCAUCCUGAAUAACAUAGUAAAUAGUCAAACAUUUUAUUGAUGGUUUAAUUUGAUUUUCACAAGCAUGUUAGUCUGUGUCAUUUAUUGACUUGUGUUGACACAUAUAAUUUUUUAUUUAUGAUUCUAUACUUGUCCUUCUUCAACUUAUUAGUACCUAUGUGUUUGUUGCAGAGCACAGAAAGAAAUUGAACUUGGUUAUAGAAAUAUGUUUAUCCUAAAGAUCAGUUUUAGAAUUAGUUGAAAUUUUAUAUAUAUUCAUUCCCUAAAGCUAUACCUAUAUGUAAAAUUACGUAAGUGAUAGACUUUUCUCGCAGUAUAUAUACCCAGGGGCAUGUCUACAGGGGGUCCCGAGGCAGUGUCCCUCAAAAUGUUGUAGUGGCAGUAGAUAUAAGUCCGUUGCUUAGUUUGAUGAUUUGAUUAAUGAUACAAUCAUUUCACUCUUACUUGACCCUAUUAAUUUAUUCAUUCUCAUGUAUAACAACAUUUCUAAAUUGUUUAUCCCCCCUCUAACUAUUUUUGAAAUGAGGUAUGGGGGGCGUCAUCAUCAGAAACCAGCCCCAAUCAACAGAAAAGUUAAGCUUUGGUUACUGAAAAUUCAAUGGACAUAUUCUCAAGAACAAGGACAAUGUGUUAAAUAAGCUGCUGAGCAUGGUGGACGAACUGAAAUACUAUGUUUCUGUGAUUUAAUCAUGUAUUCAAUUAUAAUUUAGAGAUAAUUAAUGUUGGCGAGAUUGCCAAACGAUGUUGUAUCACAUUUUAGAAUUUGGAAGCCUACCUUAUUCCAAUAUGGGCGAUGUCUGGUUAGCAUUUAUGAAGUUUUGCUCAGAAGUGUAGGUUACUCAAUACGAUUUCUAGUGUUUUGUGGCAUACAAUAUUGAUUAUUUACGUUUCAACUUCACAUUUGACAAUAUUUCUGAUUUAUCACUGUUGCAUAUAUGUUUUAUCAUUUUUAAUACACGUAUAUGCUCAAAUCGUUAGCUUGUUUCAAAUUGUAAUUCCUUUUUUUAAAUCGCAAGAAAUAAUUCUACAACGAGAUACAAACAUGCUAGACAGUAACGAUGGCACGGAAUUUUCAGUGAAUGAGCCACAUUGACACAUAAUUCCAUCAUGAUAAAAAAUAUGUAGGUCAGAUAUCACCAAUACCUGCAAUGUAAAACUUGGUGUUGCAAUUUAUCUGCGAGUCUUACAAUACUGGUUUAUUAUUUUGUAGAUUUGCACUUUAUACAUGCAGUACUUGUAUCAGGACUGGGGUAAUUUGAGGAAAUUCAUAAUAUGUAAACACAAGCUUAGGGAACAGUUCUAUGGUAUCGUUAUGUCAUAG